GAGAAAAGGAGCCCGGUGGUCUAUAAAUGAGGACAGACUGGAAUUGCCGAUGAGCCCUUGUUCUCCUUCUCGUCUCUGUCUGAUGGAAAGUCAGCCUCAGUACAGUGUCCAGAGAAAAAGAAAGCAUCAUCUGUCUGAAUUGCACAACAAUAGACAGCUCUCACCAGUGUUAGAAUCCAACUUCUCAGACUGCAGUGCUUCCGAUUACCGGCAUGUCGUCUCAGACACCUUCAGUCCCUUAUCAUCAGCCACGUCUGGCUCCCGGAGCGGCACCUUCCCUGUUGGGCAGAGAGGAGAGUUCAAACCUUUCAGUCAGCCGAGAGACGCCAGUCCAUGGUCGGCAAUGUCGCACGGGGCACACAAGGUCCGUUACCCUCCAGUGUCCAGAGUUCAGUUUGGUAGUACGGAAUCCAGUUUCAUUAGCACACAGAAGAGUAGAGGACAUGCAACCACAGGGUGCUUUCUCAGACUCUCUAAAGAUGAGGAGAAUGAUGAGGAGACAGCAUUAAUGGAUUUUGACAGUGGCGAGUACAGCGGUCAAACAACCACAUUUGACAACAGAAAAAUAAGAAUCAGUUUUCAAGAAGAAACACAGAAUUCUAUGCCAUUUGGGCAUCCAAAGGAAUUCCAGACGAGGCACCAGGAAGCUGAUUUUCUGUCUCAGCCUGUGGAUUCAGCAGCAUGUGGUGGGCAUGGCCAGGGCUCUGUGAAGAGCUGUGGAUCUGUGUGCUCCUCUCCCUGUGACGGUCUCUUUAGCUCUGGCUCUGACAGUGUGGGGAGCAGAGGGGGUGAGAGGGAUCAAUUUGUGCCCUCUCUUCUCCAGCCUGUGACGUCACACAGGGCAGCCUGGACAGGGCAGGAGAACCGGCCUUUCAAAACCAGAGAAACCGGGACGCAAACCGACAGCCGGAACGCAAUCUCUCUGCGUCACACUUCUGACGCUUCCACACAGUGCAGUCCGAGGUGGGAGGGUGAAUUCUCCACUUCUCCCAGCGCUGGGCUCCGAUAUUACUCUUGCUCGGUUUCACACCAGAAACACAACCGAGCCACCAGGGGGCAGCGCGUUUCAGCCGAUGAGCUCCUGGAAAUGGAUUCACAUGCAGGAACACCAGACAGGCUCAGAGAGGAGGAGCUUCUUCCCCAGAGUAAAUCCGGAGUAGCAGCUCAGCAGAGCCCAAGGAAUGCUUUAACAGGACAGCUACUCUCAGGAGGACCAAGCUACUGGCCCAAGACCAUGCCUGAGAAUUGGAGACUCAGCACUCCAGCCAUCAACCAUAUCUACUUGAACAAAACUCAAGUGAGGGAAGAGCUAAGGAAGGAACAAACAAAUGGAGGACAGAGGCAGGUGAAACAGGUGGAGAAUUUUGACCACCUGAAACCGGACCCUGCGGAAGACAUGUCAAGAGGAGAAGGAGAAGACCUCACAACUGAGAGCAUCUUGAAGAACAAGGACUCAGACGAGACCGCAACAAUGCAGGAAAUUGCAGAUAUUCUGUUAAUGAUGAAACAAAAAAACAAGUUUUAGGGGAAAAACUUUUACAGUCUAUGCAAGCAUGUGUGUGUGUCUCUGAAUGUCACUGUAUGCUUGUUUGUGCUUGUUUUCUGCCUGUCUUAAGUGCAUACUGCGUGUGUACAGUAGUACAGUAAAUUAGACAUGAAAUGAUUUGCAUCCUUUUGAUUCAACAUUUAUUAAAGCACUGAAGAUUAUUAGUGCUUAUUUUGACCAUUUACAUAUUCAAGGGGUCAAAUUUCAUGAAUAUAUGUAGUUUUAUAUAAAGAUGAAUCCUAGGAAAACAUGUACUGCAACAAUAAUUCAAUUUACUAUACAGCACUGAUAUGUAUGUAUAUGUGCAUAUAUAUAUACACACAUACACUUAAUCACUAGAUUGUCAUAAACUGUACAAACAAUAUUAUUUCAUUAUAGCAGUUGUUUUACAUAGGAAAAUUGUUCCAUCACAAACGUACAGGACAUCUCUGUAAUAAAACUAAGGACAACACUGGGUUGUAAUGGUCUGAGAUGCUUCCCUUUAUCAAAGUGCAUUCAUAAAGUCACAAUACAUUUACAACUGUCAAACACGAGAAGGCUUUGUUACAUGGCUGCAUGGCAUUUUAAAUAUAUUUAAUUUAAAACCCUUCUGCCAAAAUGUACUUCAUAUUUUCAAAUUAAAUUUAGAAAAAAAUAUUUCCAGUAAAAUAAUUUAGUUAGUAAAGCAUAUCCAACCCCA